CCCUCAAGUGAAACGGAUCCUGAAGCCUUUCAUUGUUACCCGGGGGUCGUUGCAGCCCACCACACGCCGCCCAUUUGCAGCUGUGAUCCCCGUUAACACUGGCGUAUCGGCACGACCUCUGCCAUCUACCCCUAGGACAAUCCCUCGGGUAUCUCCCAGGACCCGGAGGCCAAAGUUUCGCCGUCGGCGACCAGUUAAAACUACCACAAUUGAAAGCCCCACGACCACCACAUCCACAACUGCAACUCCCGUGGUGUUAGCGGUGACAGCGUCUGGCAGAGGCGGAGGACGUCUUACACGGGUCAGGGUUACAGCAUUUCCAUCCAUCACUGUAGGCAGCCAAGUAGUAGCUCGUUCUGUUACAGUGAGAGACAGAAGCACCACUCUAGCCCAUGGUAACAACGCACAAUCAUAUGAACAUCAGCUAAUCUCGGCCAUGGUCAGUGCCCACCCCUUCACGAUAAACACCCACCACAAUGUUACUGUACUGCCCACAAGUGGCCUUACCCUGAAGCCACACACUGACCUGAUCAUCAGAGUAAAAGCUCCAGUGGCUAAAGACGUAGCCAAAUUUCCCACCACCACUAUGGCUCCUGCUUACAAAACUUCUACCCAACAAUCCAUCUCACCAACCUCAGUGCCCCCCGUCACCAAAGCCUUGCCACCCGCUCCCAGAUCAGCCACUGCACGGGCAGUUACCACAACUACACAGUUGGUGCCACUGAGCACCAGCCUUUCUACCUACAUUAGGCUUCCUAACACCAGGAAAGCCCCGAAGCAUGUUUCUAUCAAAGCAAAAGCUCCAGCGACUAAAGACAUAGCCAAAUUUCCUACCAGCACCAUGGCUCCUGCUUACACAGCUUCUACCCAACCAUUUACCUCUUCUACAACCAUACCUGCUCAAUCACUGACAGACAUCAAGACCAGAGUCUAUGUCUACAGGAUUGUCCCCAAUCCUGCUGUCACCUUACAGAAGCCAAUUGCAGCACCAACUAUUGGAUAUCCAGCCUCCUCACUAACACCUUCCAACACAGAUAAGAAAUUUUGGCUUCUACCGUCCACCAAAGCCAUCAAAUGGGAUGAUACAUUACAAACAAAGACUGUUACCCAAUGGCCCAGCUCCACACAGGAGCCAUCUAAAGUGACCAGUUUGGAUCCUUUGCUGGACAGCGACUUGGACAACGCAAUAGGGAUUGGUGAGGGCAAAGUUACGGUAUCCAGCGAAUUAGCUGUGUCGUCAUCCAACACCAUAGAUGGGGAUCUCCUGGCUGGAAGCCAGAGCUCCAGGCCUCAGCUGGUGGGAGGCAACGCCGCAAGCUUCACGGUGCUUGCUGAUUCGGAUGCUUUCCUACCAUGCGAAGCAACGGGCAACCCGACACCGAUCAUGAGUUGGACCAAAAUCUCAACAGGAGCAACAGUUACUGCAAGUGUCAAGCGUGGGAAUAAGUUUGAAGUGUUUCCAAAUGGCACGCUGUCUAUACAGAGGAUCUCGGUUCAGGACCGCGGACAGUACCUUUGUAUCGCGGAGAAUGAACAUGGCUCAGCUCGGCUGCUGCUCACACUGUCUGUGGUGGCUUACGCUCCAAAGAUCACAGAACCUCGGCUGAAGGACAUCACCGUGCACGCCGGCUACCCGGUAGAGAUGAGAUGCAGGUCGGAGGGUCGACCGUCUCCCUCCAUCUCCUGGCUCCUGUCUAACAGGACCCUGGUGAGGAGCAGGAGUCCGUUCAACGGGAGAGUCUUGGUGCAGGCGGAUGGCACGCUGAGAAUCAAAGCGGUGACGGUGUAUGACAGGGGCAAUUAUAAAUGUGUGGCCAGUAACCCAGCCGGGAUGGAUACCGUCAUCGUCAGGAUGAGAGUGGUUGCUUCACCUCCUGUAAUUGUGGAAGAGAAACACGAAACCAUCAGAGGGAAAGUGAGGCAGAAUCUCCAGCUACCUUGCACCGCGGUUGGUACCCCGCAGCCAACUGUGACCUGGGUGCUCUUUGACGGGACUGAAAUCUCACCCUUGCAGUUUCUUAACACCAAACUCUUCGUAUUUACCAACGGCACCAUUUACGUUAAAUCCCUGGCUCUGGCAGACAGCGGCAAUUACGAAUGUAUAGCGACGAGCUCCACGGGCACGGAGAGGCGGGUUGUCAGCUUGGUGGUGGAACAGACAGAGACCGUGCCCAAGAUCGUGGCCUCGUCUCCCAGGAAAUCCCAAGUCAAGUACGGAACUCAACUCCAGCUUGACUGCUCGGCUACGGGUGACCCUAAGCCCAGGAUUAUUUGGAGAUUACCUUCCAAACUCAUUGUGGAUCAAUGGCAACCAGCGGGAAAGCGUAUCCAUGUGCUAGCCAAUGGCACCUUGGUGAACGAGGCGGUGACAGAGAGAGACGGCGGAGAUUACCUGUGCGUGGCCAGGAACGAGCUGGGAGACGACCUGGUGCUGAUGAAGGUGGCUGUGAGGAUGAAAGCCGCUCAGAUCGAGCGCAAACAGUCCAUUCACAAGCAGGUAUCGUACGGACAGGAUCUGAGAGUGGACUGCAAGGCCUCGGGCUCGCCGGAGCCACAGAUCUCCUGGGCUUUGCCAGACGGCACUAUGGUCAACAGCGUUUUACAGGCGGACGAUAGAGGCGGCAGGCGCCGGCGUUACAUUGUGUUUGACAACGGGACCCUGUACUACAACAAGGUGGGGAUGGCCGAAGAGGGAGACUACACGUGUUACGCACAGAACACCCUUGGGAAGGAUGAAAUGAAAGUCCGUGUGACUGUAGUAACGGAAGCGCCACAUAUAAAGAAACAGCAACAAACCUUUUUUAAGGUACCGAGUGGCGAGAGUGUGACGUUUGACUGCCCGGCUGUGGGAGAGCCAAAGCCAAGGAUACUGUGGAUGCUCCCGAGCAAUGAAUUCAUCGCCUUCUCCAGCCUUCGCUUCCAAAUGCAUUCAAACGGAUCCUUGUCCAUCAAACAGGUCCGUCUCGCCGACAGCGGUGAGUUCACGUGCAUCGCUCGCAAUCCCGCUGGAGAUGAUACCAUCACUUACCAGUUGGUGGUGGUCUCGGGACCACCAUUAAUCAAUGGGUUGUACAGUAACAAAACCACCAUCAGGGAGUCAGCUGUCAAGCACACGAGGAAACUGAUCGAUUGCGCAACCGAGGGGCUGCCCAAGCCACACAUCAUGUGGAUUAUGCCAGAUAACAUCUUCCUCAAUGCCCCCUAUUACGGCAGCAGGAUUAUCGUACACAGGAAUGGCACACUGGAGAUCCGACAUGUCAGGGCGUCUGACCAAGCCAAUUUCAUCUGUGUCGCUCGCAAUGAUGCCGGAGAAACCAUUCUGGUGGUGAACCUGGAGGUGACCGAGAUGUUAAAGAGGCCCGUGUUCAAAAACCCCUUCAAUGAGAAAAUCAUAGUCAAGAGCGGAUCCACUGUGAUCCUGAACUGCUCUGCCAGUGGAAACCCACCUCCACAAACCAUCUGGGUGCUUCCCAACGGAUCCCGAUUCACCAACAGGCAGAAAGUGGCGCGUUACCAGGUUGGUGCGGACGGAACCUUUAUCAUCCACAACCCAACCAUCGUCGAUGCCGGGAAGUACCACUGUGCAGCCAAAAAUAAAGUGGGCUACAUAGAGAAACUGAUUAUCCUGCAGGUAGGUCAGAAGCCUUUCAUAUUGACUCGGCCAUUGAGACUGACACGAAGCAUCAGUGGUGAGAGCUUGUUUCUUCACUGCUCUGCCAAUGGCAUCCCCAAAGUAAGUAUCACAUGGACAGCACCCAAUGGAUACGUACUCAACAGGCCUCAGAUCAAUGGGAAGUACACCCUGUACGAAAACGGCACCUUGGUUGUCAGAGACACAAACGUGCAAGACAGAGGAAAUUACGUUUGCAAAGCGCACAACACCGCUGGUCUCGCGUCCAUCACCAUUCCCGUCAUCAUUAUAGCCUACCCUCCUCGUAUCACCAACGGGCCGCCCACAUCGGUCCGGGCCAAGGCAGGCUCCGCCGUUCAACUCAACUGCAUGGCCAUCGGCAUUCCCAAGCCAGAGAUUGUGUGGGAGCUACCCAAUCACUCCGUGCUCUCAACUUACAGCAAGGGCUCCCCCACGGGCAGCGAGCUCCUCCACCCACAGGGGACACUGGUCAUCCAAAAGCCAUCUAGUCGGGACUCAGGCACAUAUAAAUGCACAGCCAAAAAUCGUCUGGGCAGCGAUUCCAGAGUAAGCCACAUUCAAGUUAUCUGAAGCCGGGCUGCCCUUCCUUCAUGGAAUGCCUUUUUACAUACAUUUAAGAGCCUGACAGUAUCUGAGGAAAUAUGGGCAGAUUGUCAAGAUUCUGGAUCCAGUGUUUGGUACGGAUUUCUGUUAACUUUGGGGAAAUGAAAUCGAUGGACUGAUUGAUUUCAGCCAGCAGGAUUGUGUUUAAAAAGAUAUCUAAACACUGCUUUGUAAACCGUGAGAGUGUGGGAAGACAGAAAACAAGGGAGCAAUAUUCUUUGUUUAGUAAGAACAACAUCUGCCUUACUCAACAGAGAUUCGGAUCCGGGUCCAAUCUUUUGGAUUUAGUUCUUUUGAGUUUUUUGUCCAAUUCUUUUUUCCUCUUUGUAACACAGAGGAGUCGGUGGGAUCAGUGGGAUUGAUUUAUACUCUGGAAUAUGCACAUCUCAUGCUGGAUUCACUUCCUGUAGGAAAAUAUAAAAAGAAUGCUCUUUUUUAAUGUAAUCCAUGUGGUAAGUAACCAGAUUGCUGGAAUAUACGAAUCAUAACCAUUAUCUUGAAUAUCACACAUCAUGGAAAAAAGCAUCAGUCAGAAUAUUCAUCUUAUUUUCAUAACCAGUUGUUUUUCUUGCAUCGUUUAACCUUUUGAUAUUUCAAAUCGAUGUAAAAAAUAUUACCAAAAGUCAGAUGUAAUAUAAUUACUUGUGCAAAGGAU